AAUGACGAAAAACGGCAGCUGCGCUAUGACAUGAGCGUGACCUUUGGGGAUGGUAAAGAUGUCCACAAAUUUGUUCGCUCUAACGGCCGCGCAGGCUAGCUACGAGCAAAGGUUUAACUGUAUAAUUUGCUGGAAUCCAAAGUUACGUAUGGUAUAUGGCAGUUGUCAACAUAGAGUAUGUGAAGAGUGCCUUUACAAUGAAGUUGGGAAAAGAAGAAGAGGUCUUUCAAGAUGUCCAACCUGUCAGAGGGAAGAUGCAUUUCCAGUUGACAGACCUGAUAUACCUGAAGAUAAUGUGGAAAUGCAAAAGAGAUUAGGAGUUAUACCUUGUCCAAACAGUGGGUGUGAUAUCCAGACAUGGGAAUGGGAACUUGAGGAACACUUAAGUCAUUGCCCUUUGGCGAAACAAAAAAUCAAAUCCAAGCCAGAAAGAAAAAGUCAAGUUCAUAGUACUAAAAGGAAUGCAGACACCAAAUCAAAAGCAGCCUUGAGCAGUCAUUCUACACGGACAGUCAGACACAGACAUUCUGUACGAGUAGCAAACAGAGAACGUGCUUUGCGGACUAGGAGACACUGAUCAUUAUUAUCGUUAGUAAUAUUACACACUAGAAUGGCUUCAUUUCAAAGUGAUAUGUAUUUAUGUAGCAAGACUGCAUCCAGUGUGUUCCCAGGUACAGGAACCACCACUGCAUGUCACAUGAAUUGCCAUAGGAACAGCAUUCUCCAGUAGGUUGGAUUGUUUCUGGAUACAACUUGACUACACUGACAGGCGAGAGCUUGUAGGUUUCAGGAGACUCCAUUUCUGUUGGAUAAUGUGAUCUUAAGGGGAUUUAAAGUUUAAGGAGACUUUGCUGAUAAUUCUACAGGGAUGUUUCAAGUUGAAGGUAUUGCUUGUUACAAAAGUUUACAUAUAGGCACAAAAUAUCUAGUGACACAGCCAAAGUUGACUUGUGGAUAGUUGUGUGAAUUGUUGCUGCAAACUUGUGCAUUUGGUGCAGAAAUAUGUAGAUAUUUAUUCUAAGUGCAAUUAAAAGAAAAUACCUGGCAUUCCAAACUUUUGAUGCUGGUUUUAUGCAAUCUUAAAAUGUUCCGUAUGUAAUUGAGUGUGUCUACAUUAUUUUGUACAAAAUCUAAACUAAGGAAGAUAAACCUCUUUUUUUUCUGCAUUGUUUCCAUAUUUUAUUAUUUCACCAAGUUUUGCAUUUCAGAGAUCAGCAUAACUGUUCACCCAACAUAUCGACCCUCACUUCUCUCAUUAUAUAUCUUUCAAUUGUAGAGUUUUUACACAGUAUUGUCUUCCCACCCAGUUGCGUUACAGAGAAUUUCUUUUGAUUUAAAAAUGUGAUGAAAUGUGUCGUUAAUGUAAAUUUUUUCAUCUUUGUGUUAAUCUGUACAGUAGUAUAUUUUUGGUCUCUUUUUUU